UCGAUUUAUUGGAUGAUGUUGACAUAAGUGGGGCGACUACAUCACAAAAUACACAAAUCCAUAAGGUCGAGUCUACUUCUAUACAACCACCGCCACCGCUAGCAACUCCACUUGCACCAACAACUGUCAAAGUCGAACCUGAUGAAUCUAAAAAAGAAGGAUCGUCAAAUGUAACGGAUGAUCAGUCUAAUGAAUGGCCAUUUGAAAAUGUGUGCGAAUCUCUCUGUGUAGCUUUGUUUAAGCACGGUGCUUGCAUUGGUUUAAGGGAAAUACUUAAAGUACACGGUCAUGGGGCUGGGCGUCGUGAUAGUGAUGAUGAUGUGAGAGCUGUUGCUGCAUCUAUUCUAAUUCCGAUUGCAGAACAUUUUGUCACACUUUCUGCACACAAAAUACCAGAAAUUGUUACAGUGUUAUGGGAUUGUUUAAAGGAUUUGAAGGACGAUUUGACAGCAUCCACAGCUAGUGUAAUGGAUUUUUUGGAUCACCGCACUUUUAGACUUGUUUUUCAAAACAUGAUCGUUGAGGAAAAAAGCGAUGUUCUCAAAUUAUCCCUUCAAGUUUGGUCUGCUUUAGUGUCUCAUGUAUCAAAGUCCGGCCAAGAAAAUAAAAUCAUCACUUUUACGGCUCAAUAUAUCAGAACAUGGUUUAUGAUAAUUAUGACGCCGUUAGGCACUCCAAUUGAUCGACGAUUAUUUUUUGUACCAGAUGGUCCAGUUCCGAUGGAAACAUCACCUACUGCUGUAUCAUCUACCAAUUUGCGACGUCGAUCACAGGGGCGUAUCCAGACAAACGACGGUGAUGAUGUCGUGGCUGGUCAUAAUAUUGAUACUGGGAUGCUUCAACAAGAUUUUGCAUUGGUCAGCGUAGACACUGUACUAAGAGGCAGAGUCACUGCUUCUAAAGGCCUGGGUAUGUUAAUGAGUCAUUGGCCUAAUGAGUCUUUGGAAACAUCAUUUGAAGAAAUUAUUAUAUCUUGUUUGUCGUCUUCAUGGGCAUCAAAUAAACAACUUGCUGCUGUCAUUAUAGAAGAGUGGGCACGAUCAAUUGUGAAGAACGAAGGCUAUGAUAUUCAAACAUCAUUGUUGAGCGUAUCGCCAUUAGCAGUUAAACUUUCAAACCAUAUGAUCUCAAUACUGGAAUCCGAACCACCAAAAUUUUAUUCGGAACUUAUAUCUAUUCUUCGCCGCAUUCGGGGUGAAUGUCAAGCGUUGCUCAAUACAUUUGUUUCAGUGGGAAAAAUUGAUUCCGCGGUUAUACCAACUUUACCUUCGCAUGUUCUUGGUGAGGUCAUUCAAUCAGAUGCUUUAUUUCCAUUGUUCAGUAUUGAAACGGCAGUAGAGCUUUCGGCAGCUACUUUCAAUAAUUUAUUAGCUCAAGUCACUGGUGUAGAUGGAAAAUCUACGCAAGCUCGGAGUGAUGAAAGACAAGCUUUAAAUGAUCGUAAACGCCGUGUAUUAUCAUCAAUAGGUUACUAUGAGUCUACUAAGCAAAAGAAUGACGUAGUCGUUUUCGCAGCAGUUGCCGGUGCUGUAGUUGCAUUGCGGGCGUUGCCUCCUAAGCUUAAUCCUGUCGUUAGAUCUAUUAUGAAUUCCAUAAAAACAGAAGAAAAUCUGGGAUUACAGCAACGUUCGGCAGCUACACUAGCGAGCCUUGUUGAACUUUGUGCCUCUGAGGAUGGCUCAACGCGAGUAAAUCCUAACGACAAAAUCGUGAAAAAUCUAUGUACAUUUCUUUGUUCUGAUCCAACUGCAACACCUGAACUGCAAGCUAAUCGUGCAAAGGAGGGUAUAUUGUCUUUACAGAAAGCUAAGGAACCUGAUAAAGGUUCAUCUAAUAACGAUUCCCAAAAUGAAGAUGAAGAGCUAAAAUCACAAAAAUUAAUACGUCGUGGUGCUGAAACAGCACUUCGGCAAUUUUCUCUACAAUUUGGACCAAAAUUAUUUGAUAUUGUUCCAAGGCUAUGGACCAUUUAUAUUUUCUUAACCUUUAAUUUGGUGAAUUUAGAUGUUGUGCAAACUAUGGACGCAAAGAUUCUUCCUUAUGUCAUUUUUUUGAUUGUACCAAUUUUGGGUCGAAUGAGUGAUGUGGAUGAAAAUGUACGAUUAGCCGGAAUACCUGAUCCACCUGGCCUAUCUACAGAAAUGUUGAUACACCGAGACGAAGAACGUAAAUUUCUUGCUCAGCUGCUUGAUAGCAGAAAGCUAGAUCCAUAUGAAAUUCCUGUUACAAUCAAAGCUGAACUAAGAAAAUAUCAACAGGAAGGCAUCCCUAACUACGACGUAGUCAUCAUGUCAUAUGAUAUUGUGCGUAAUGACAUUGAUGACUUGGCCAGUAUACAUUGGAAUUAUUGCAUCCUGGAUGAAGGACAUGUGAUAAAAAACGGAAAAACAAAGAUUACUAAAGCGGUAAAGUCAGUAAAGGCUAAUCACCGACUAAUAUUAUCCGGAACACCGAUACAGAACAAUGUACUAGAAUUAUGGUCGCUUUUUGAUUUCUUAAUGCCUGGGUUUUUGGGUACAGAAAAACAAUUUAACGAGAGAUUUGGAAAACCAAUAUUGGCCAGUAGAGACAGCAAAAGCUCAUCUAGAGAACAAGAGGCCGGCGCGCUGGCCCUUGAAGCUUUACAUAAACAAGUGUUACCAUUUUUGCUGCGCCGAUUGAAAGAAGAUGUACUGAGUGAUUUGCCUCCCAAAAUUAUUCAAGACUAUUACUGUGAACUUAGUGAUUUACAGAAACAGUUAUAUGAACAGUUCGCUAAAUCGCAGGCUAAAAGUAAAGUUGAAAUAGAGCUAGAAACAGAAAUUACUGAAGAUGAAGGAGAAAAAAAGAAGACACAUACACAUAUUUUUCAAGCGUUACAGUAUUUGCCUACAAAGACUUCAUUGCACGAUUUGGAAAAUGCUCCAAAACAAUUAUUACAUGAUUGUGGCAUUGGAACGUCCCAAGACUCUGAAGAUUCACUUGGAGCUGGCGCAGUAAGCCAGCAUCGUGCACUUAUAUUUUGCCAACUUAAGACUAUGCUCGAUAUCAUAGAGAAAGAUUUACUUGAAGCUUACAUGCCUUCAGUAACCUACUUACGUCUAGAUGGAUCAGUGGACGCUAACAAACGACACGGAAUUGUACAACAAUUCAAUAAGGAUCCAUCAAUUGACGUUUUACUACUUACAACCCACAUCGUUAUUUUUGUGGAACACGAUUGGAAUCCGAUGAAAGAUUUGCAGGCAAUGGAUCAUGCGCAUCGUAUUGGACAGAAGAAAACGGUCAAUGUCUAUCGAUUAAUUACAAAAGGCACACUAGAAGAGAAGAUUAUGGGGUACCUUAAUAUUGCCAACUCCAUUGUUAAUCAACAAAAUUCCGGAUUGCAAAGUAUGGACACUGAACAAAUUCUUGAUUUGUUUAACGUAACCACAGAUAGUAGUAAAGGCGUUCAAAGUAAAAGUGCAUCGAUCACAAGCGAUGGAUCUGGUUUUGGAAAGGGAAAGAAAAUUACACCAAAGAACUUGGUUGAGGGAUUAGAAAAUUUAUGGGAUGACAAACAAUAUGAAGAUCUUAAUUUAGACAAUUUUAUUGAAUCUCUUAAUUCUGAAC